AUGGCGGUGUCCCUUAGCCCGGGGGUGCUCGUGAAGCUGCUCCAGGAGAAUGAAUCCUCUGACGAGGAGAGCGCUCCCUGGCGCUCCAACUCCGACGAAAGCCACACCGACCGGCCGGCGGCGCUGUUGCAGGUGAUGGGGAUAGUUCCCGCCAUCGGAGGAACGAGCCUCUUCCCCGACCGGGGGUUUUACCUGAAGGUCUCCGACUCCUCCCACGCCAUCUACGCCGCCCUCCCGCAGGAGCAGGACGAUCUCAUCCUCAGCGACGAGCUCCAGCUCGGCCAGUUCAUCCACGUCCGUAGCCUCGAGCGUGCAUCCCCUGUCCCCGUCCUUCGCGGUGUCCGGCCUCUCCCCGGCCGCCACCCCUGCCUCGGUAAUCCGUCCGAUCUUGUUUCUGCCAGCACCAAUGCCGAGUCCACUGCUUCCCGUCCCGCGGCGGUGCUCUCCCUGGGCGGCAGCCCGCCGUCGUCGGGUGCGAGGAAGAAGCCGCGCUCCGUGAUCGCCUCGAAGAGGAGAAAGGACUGGGGGAGGAACGGGAUGAAGGAGAACAAGCCAAGCAGAUCAAUGCCUACCUCGCCGGAGAAGGGGCUCUCGAGGAGGUACACGAUCGAUGCUACAAGCUCGGAGACCUUGAGGGAGCUGGCCAAGGUCAGCGUGACCUGCGUCCACGAGGAGAGCGACGACUCAGACAGCUCGAGGUCAUCGGCGUCGUUCUCGGUCUCGAGGCCCAGGACGCUGCGGAGGAGCUGGGACCCCAGCACCAGGAUUAAGGAUCACCGGCGCGCCCCGCCGCCGAUUCCCCGCAACCAGAUCUCAGCCGCGAGUGACAGAUUCAUUCCGCGAGGUCUCCAGCAACAUAAGGACUAUAGUUCAGAUCACAUUCCGGCGGGAAGAAGGGACGCCGGAUGUGUAGCGCAUAUCCCUCGCAGCACCCGAGAGCAGAAGCCCUGGAGAGAGACUUAUUUUCUCGUAGGAGAGGGAAGCGUCUUACCUGCGUCUCUCCCAUCGAACCUGAUGAAGUUAGGGAAGGUAUCUGUGAUGAAAUCUUCUCUUUUCUAUCCUCAUCCUCCAAAUUUCCUCCAUCUCAUCUCGUUUACAUUCACGUUGUCCCGUUGCAGGAAGUUCUCAGACACAGAGAUCAGACGAUCCUCACCGCCGUGGAAGCUCUGCAAGAGGCUACGGCUUCAGAGAGAUUGAUCCGCUGCCUGGUGUAAGUAAAACACAAUUUAACGAGAUCACUGUUUGAUUUUUUGCUCCGAUCUUGAUUGCGAUGCCUCCAGUAAAUAUCCAGAGCUCCAGCACCAGAACGAAGACGGCUCGCACGUGGUCGUCGACAGGUUCCUGAACUUCUUGGACGAAGUCCAGCAGGCGAGAUCCGUGGUUCAAUCCCUGGCAAAGAUGACACCCAGAACGUCCAAUUCUGACGUAAUCGCUUCACUCUCCGCCAAGGAUGCGAUGAAGAUGCAGGCUGAACACAGAAAACACGCGAUCUCAUGGAUCAGGGCGGCAAUGACGUCGGACAACGCCCCGCCGCCUCCGCUGCAAAAUCCCUACGCCGAUUCCGAAACAACUGCAAGGAUCUGGAGCGCCUUCGCGCGCUCCAAGCAGAGGCUGAACUGCGACCUGUGGCUGAAAGGUGCCGGUUCCCUCGCCGCUGCGGAGCUCGCCGGCUCCCUCCAGGCGGAAUGCAACAGAUGGUUUCUGAACUACAUCGACAAGUUCCUAGACGGGAUUCUCAGCGAGACCACGGCCAUCACCUCCGAGAACCAGAUCGCCAGUCUUCUGCUGCAGAUCAAGAAGGUAGAUGAGUGGCUGGAAACGAUGGCCUGCCGAGAGCCGUUCCCCCUGAGGGAAUCCUCCAGGGAAACCCCCACGGAGAGCGAGAAAUCCGAGGCAUGCCAGAGAGUGAGGAAGAAGAUAUACAGCCUCCUGCUGAAGCACGUGGACCGAGCGGCCUUCGCCUUGGAGAGCAGUAUAAGCGCUACCGACGAGGAAUCGGAGAGUGAAGGACGGGAGUAG